UAUGUUUACUUUCUGUUUCUGUCUUUCUGUAACAAAUACGGAAUAUUCCACGAAUCAUUUUCUAUUUUUUUCAUGCCAAAUUCAUCAAUUCCGUGAUUAUUCUAGUAAAUUAGAAUGUACUAAACAUUCAUAAAAGUGAUAAAUACAAGUUGCUCCUAAAUAAGAAAACUUUAAAAAUAUAAGUUGUGGAUAUGGUCAUCAUCCAGGUUUUAUCAAAUGAAAGAAGUUGCAGUUUUAUAAGUUCAUUUUUACAUUCUUGAAAAAUAUAUUUAUAAGUUAUUUAAAAUUCGUGUUUUAUUAUUCAAAUGGCAGCCAUCGAUAAAGUAAAAGUACUCGUUCUGGGAGACUCAGGAGUUGGGAAAACGUCACUCACACACUUGAUCACCCAGAAUGAGCCCAUAAGCAACCCGUCUUGGACUGUUGGCUGUACGGUCGAGGUGAAACUACACGAGUACAAGGAAGGUACACCGCAGCAGAAGACCUAUUUCAUUGAGCUGUGGGAUGUUGGAGGCAGCAGUAACCAUAGAAACUCAAGAUGUGUAUUCCACAACUCUGUUCAUGGAGUUAUUUUGGUGCAUGACCUGUGCAAUAAAAAGUCACAUCAAAACCUGCCCAAAUGGCUAGCAGAAGUUUACAGCAGAGACGCCAACGCCAAAAACAGAUAUUCCGAUGGAGACGAAUUUGAUCCCGAACAAUUUGCUGGAUCCUCACAGUGUGGUGAUUUCAUGUCAUUUGGCUUUAAUUUGGACGAAUUUAAGACGCCUAUUCUCGUAAUUGGAACCAAACUGGAUGUAGCCGAACAAGUGAGGUCGAAUAAUAGCUAUCGAUCUUCAAGUUUCGCUGAGGACUGUGGAGCUGACGAAAUCACUCUUGAUUGCAGACAGAAGUCAUCUCUGGCUGCUGGAACCAGUUCGUCAGUGAAAAUUAGUCGGUUCUUCGAUAAAGUGAUUGAAAUGCGUUAUUAUUCCCGGGAAGUUCUCAGUCCUUUAGCUGUGAACUCUGCCUCAGCUGACAAACGAAGGACAUUCCCUACAACUACUGUUUCACCCAAGUUCUAUCACAAUGAUUGAAAGCUCCAUGUAAAAUCACAUCAUUAUAUUUAAUAUAUUUUUAUACAAAAA